AUGAGAACUAAAAGCCCGAUGGCCAAGAAACCUCAACAAAUUUUAUUUUCGAAAAAUAUAUACGGUCCCAAGACAAAAGUGGAAAAUUGGGACUUCUCGGUAAGAGCAGAAAAAAAGGAUAAUUAUGUGUAUCGGGACCGUUUAAGCAAUCAUUUAAGUACAUACUUACGAUUGGGGAAUACUGAUCAAGGAGUAGGAGUUACUGAAACUCAUCAUAUGCUUCAGCAAGUCUUUACUAAAACUGAUCCGGUGUAUAUUUACAAACCGCUUGUUAAUUUUACUUCGUAUCCAUGCACAGAUACACCUGGAAGAAAUAAGCUGAUGAAGAGUGCUGACUUAGCUCAACUGCCGCUCGAGUUUGGUGUAAUGGAUUAUAUUACAACCCAACAAGAGGAUUACAGGAAUCCUAACCAGACUGUAUCAAAACCGCUCACUUUACCAUCUCCGAUAUGGCUCAUGAAUCGUAUUAUCCGCUCGGAUUUGACACAAAAUUAUGGAACAGCGCCACCGCAUGGUGACUACCAGUGCUUAGAUACCCACACUCCAAUAGAUCACAUUAGAAGAAUGAGAUUAUGUCGAUACCAGUCUUUUAACCCUGUAACUUGUCAUCAAGAUUUUCCAUCUUUAUAA